UGUAAUGAAGCAACGAAAUAAACUUUUAUACAAACAAGAAAGUGAAGUACAGAGAAAAUUAAAUUAUUUACGAAAUGGACAUAAUAAAGGCUGAAAUCGCUAGAAAGCGAAAAUUACUUGAGGAAAAGCAACUUGUGGAUGAUAAGAAAAAAUACUUUAAACGCGGUGAACUAAUUGCCAAGAAUACAGAAGAAAUCCUACAAAAAGUUGGUUAUAAAAAACAAGAAAGCCGCGAGGAAGACCAAGUACCAGAAGGACACUACAGCUAUGUCUCGGACGGACAAAACAUUCUACCGCGGUCUGAAGUCAUACGUCGUUUACGCGAACGAGGCGAACCUAUACUUAUAUUUGGUGAAACAGAAUCUGAUGCGUUCCAUCGCCUGCGCCAGUGUGAGAUUUCRCAGCCUGAAACCAAUCGUGGAUUCCGUAACGAUUUCCAGGAAGCAAUGGAACAGGUAGAUCAAGCAUACCUACAAGAAAUGUUUGCCAACGCACCCUCCGCUAAAGAAGAACAAAAAUCCGACCUUGCCGAAUUGGAUGAAACUGUCACUUGGGAUAGCAUAAAAGAGAGUGCCAUUAAGAUGGGUCGUGGAAACAAAGAAUAUGACAUGGAUGUGAUAAUAACUUUGCUGACGUUUUUAUUAAAAAUGUGGAAUGAUCAAAUCGCUUCGUACUCAAAGCAGGAAAUAAUGUCAACUAAAACUAAAAUGGCUCGUGUAAUUUUCACACAAACCCGCGAAUAUGUGAAACCCUUAUUUCGUAAGCUUAAGCAUCAUACCCUGCCCGAAGAUAUAUUAGAUAGUUUACGUGACAUUUGUAAACGUCUAUUGAAUCGCGAUUACAUCACUGCGAGUGAUGCUUACCUAGAGAUGGCCAUAGGCAAUGCACCCUGGCCUAUUGGUGUCACCAUGGUUGGUAUUCACGCACGUACGGGACGUGAGAAAAUUUUCUCCAAAAACGUAGCACAUGUAAUGAAUGAUGAAACACAAAGAAAGUAUAUACARGGCUUGAAACGCCUGAUGACAAAAUGCCAAGAGUACUUUCCAACUGAUCCCUCGAAAUGUGUAGAGUAUGUAAGCAAAAAGGAUCGCAUAUAAACAAAUUUUGCAAAUACUUUGAAACACACAAAUGUUUAUUUAAU